CACCUUGAACGACCAGCCUUGUAUCUAUUCGCGAUUCAGAUCGAACUACGGGAAACAAUUAUAGACCUACGCUAGGGUCAUUCAACGUCAAUCCACUCAAACCGCGCCCUACACAUCUCAAUAGAAGCUGCCCAUCAUGGUGCUCCUCGACCUGCUGACUCUGGGACUCUGGUCAAAGGUCGGACGGUUGACGCAUUAUGCCUUUGACGCCGUUCUUAUCUCGGCUUUCCUCGCUGGAAUGAAGCGAUCGACCGGUUUGACUUUCAAGACGGACAAGGUCGCCGGCGAGAACAAGGACGUUUCUGGCUGGAUCUCCAAGUACCUGGGAGUUGGUGAAUGGGUUAUGGAUCAGUCUGUCGCCAUUGCCGGCUCGAGCGGCUUCUUUGAGAGGACUCGAUGAGCUCGAACUUGACGGGAGUCUGCGGGUUCACCGCUUACUUGGCUCGAUACCAUGCACCCCCUCCGACUCGAGCACGAUCACGGCCAAACCUUGGGAUGCGAUUGAUGAUUUACGUACGUUUUCUGGGCGCCAAUACAUUUGCGCACACGCACCGACGACUCUGCUACGGGCACUUGGAAGAGGCGGGACAAGUCUUACGUUACCUACCACCAUGACAAAGCACGAACCUCGGCUCUUCACGACGCACCAGAUCUUGAUAGCGGCGUUCGGGUAUAUAUGAUUAGGAAUGCGAACAUUGGAUCAAUGAUACCGAAUUCAUGAG